AUAGAAGGGCGGAGGGCGGGUGUACGCGGUGCUUCAGAGGAUGGGAACUACAAUUCCCAGAAGGAUGUGCGGCCGAAAGCCUCGGGCGGCCUUUUGAGGGGCUCCGCUAGCUUCAGCGCCGUGGGGUCUGACCUGGCUGGGUAUAGUGUCCCAGCUCGGCAGGAGGGGCGGCCCGGUCCGGGUCGCGCCUCCUGGAGCCGCCCCCGGGACGUCAGUCCUGGAGGAGGCGAGGGUUGCUCCGGUUGCUAAGAAGACUAUGAACAAGUCAGAGAACCUGCUGUUUGCUGGUUCCUCAUUAGCAUCACAAGUCCAUGCUGCUGCUGUUAAUGGAGAUAAGGGUGCUCUACAGAGGCUCAUCGUAGGAAACUCUGCUCUUAAAGACAAAGAAGAUCAAUUUGGGAGAACACCACUUAUGUAUUGCGUGUUGGCUGACAGAUUGGAUUGUGCAGAUGCUCUCCUGAAGGCAGGAGCAGAUGUGAAUAAAACUGACCAUAGCCAGAGAACAGCCCUCCAUCUUGCAGCCCAGAAGGCAUUGAGAACAAUCAGCACAGUCAGGAUCUAAGAGACUACAAUCAUUCAAAGAAGAAAAACAUGUAAAGUGAGUACCACAUUCAUCCUGGCCUUUUCCUUUAUGGCAUUUUCCAAAUUGGAAUGCAAAAGAAUACAACCCUAACAGGAAGCAGCAGCCUUACCAGGCUGAAGAAACUGAGGCCGAGUUUGGAGAUAAUAGUGGCUGGAACUUGAAGGUCAAAAUCCUGGGGAGGAGGGAAUUGCAGAGAAAGAAUGCAAGAAUCUGGAUACAAAUUCCUCACAAGUUUUUAGCAGAUUCCUAAACUGUGCUUGUAUAGGGUGAUGCUCUAAGAAACCUAGUAUUAAACAACAGCUGGGAGACUAGAGAGCUGAGUAGAGAUUAUUUUAAAUUAUCCUAUAUUUUCUUUUAUGUUUAAAUCUCUUAAUACAUAACACAUUGAUUUUUGUGUAGGGAUCCAUUCUCAUUUUAAAGCAUAUGGAUAACUAAUUUUCCCAACACAACCUAGUUCAUUAAUUUUUGGCCAUUUAGUAUCUGCUCUGUGUCAGUUCCAGGCUUUUGUACUAUGAACUCCCUAUGCAUUUCUUUUUUUUUAAAUGAGGGAUCCUGAAUACUAGGGAGGCUUUCGGAAAUUUGAAAAUAAAAGUUACAUGAUCAGUGUAUUUUCGGGGGACUAAUAUGGCAACUAAAGCUACUUUGGAAGAGAAAGAGUGGAGAUACAUAGAUUGCUAUUAUAGUUCAGGCCAAUAGAGAGGAAUUGGGUUUAAGAGAUAUAUUAUGGAGGUAGAAGUGUUCAUUCAACAAGCAUUUAUUGAAUAUCUACUAUGUAGUCAUGAUUAUACAACUAGAGAGAAUAUGAAAAAAAUGAAUCACAUAUGUUAGCUUAUAGAUAGGUGCUCUCAGUACCCAUCCCUAUUAAACUUCAUUUCCCUUUGUUUAGUGAACCUUCUGAUAUAUUGGAUAUCAAAUAUCCUUUCCAAGUAUUGUCUGUCCCACUUAAUUCUGGUAUCCAUGAAAGCAGAAAUGUGCUAUUUAUGUAAUCAUGAACACUCAUGUGUAUGUGUAUACCUUCAUUCAUUCGACAUGUGUUAAUACUAUUAUGUAACAGGCAUCGUGUUAGGCCUUGGAACACAAAGGUGAACAACAUGAUUCCUGCUCUUAAGUUGCUUACAAAGAUCAUGGAUGAAGAUAUUAAAUGAUAAUUAAAGUUGAUUGAUCUACCUUGUAA